UUUAAUGAGCUAUCUCUUGUCCCUGUUCCUGUUCUUUUCACUUAUUUGAUUAUUUGUUUAUUUUUUUCCUUAUCUACCCUGUCCACGGUAAGAGCGGCAAAGUCGGGGGCGUCUUGAGGGUGAAAAAAAAUCAAGACUCCACGCACCAAAAGUGCACCUCAUUCCUAUUCUCUGUUAGUAGGAGGUCUCCUGCACGCACCACCGAUGCCGUGGUGAUUGGUCUAAUAUCAGGUGGUUUACCCGACAUGGUAGCACUCAUGGGGUCUCCAUCUUUUCUGACAUCGGAGCUUGAUUGAUCCCACAACGUCUCCAGGAGUGGGUUAUUACUUAUCUUAUUAGUCGCCGCAACCGUAGUUGGAUUGCUAUUUUCUUUUUUUUCCCCCUCCCCAUUUGUCCUUGUUUAUUUUCUUACUUGGGUGUGGGUUUUUGCUUCCUAUGGUUUUCACAUGUUAUAAUCCAUCAACAUCCUUAUCAGAUUUCUGUUCAGCGAUUCAUCUCCGUCUUCUAGUCUGAUACCGUUUGAAAAUACUUUGCUGGGCGCGAACUAACAGGCAACAGGAUAUCUGGGGAUCAAUCGGUUGGCCAAGCGCACCCCAAUUGUUUAUUUCCUUUAUUGUACAUUCGCUGGGCGGGCAGUCAGGUUCUGAGCCGGUGUUUUAACGGGUUCAGAGCAAACGGUGAUCUCAAAGGGCCAGAGUAAACUAUAGAAGGUGCGGCGCGCCUGAUGCGUCAAAAACCGCCGCCUCCAUGACAGAAUCAUAUGAUCCCGAUGAGGACCGUCGUUCUCCCGGGCUGGAGGCGACAAAGCCGGAUUAUAAGCCCCACAAAGAUCCGACUCCUCCUUUUAUAGUCAAGGAGGCCAAGGAGCCCGAAGGCGAAUUUAAAUAUUCUUCAGGCGAGGGAACACCGGACGGUUCCCGUAAGCCUCAAUCGAACCUAUACAAGCCCGAAACAAACGAGGGCAACUCGGUGCUGAUCAGCUAUAUAGACCCUAACCGACCUGAUAUUGCCAAUUAUGAGAGAUCUGACCCACUUCGUCCAGAGCACCUCCGUGACAUCCUCUGUGAUGAUCUACUGGAUAAGCCUAUUAUUAAGCCUGAGAAGCCAAAGCUGGAGAGCCCCGUGGUGGAGCCGGCAAAGCCUAGAGAGCCUCAAUCAGAGACGGAUCCGAGUGAAGCAGCUAAGCGCGCUCUUGCGCUGUUAGAUCUACCAAAGCCCAGUGAUGACCCCUUGGAGCCUCCAGAGAUCCCAGUGAAAUCACACAUUCCUUCUCCUGACGCGCGCGCUGGCGUGAAAACGGAAAUCUUGUCUCCAAAGAUUUCCCAACCACCCCCGCCUGCCCUUCCCAGUAUCACGGAGAAGAAGCCGUUCAGCCCGCCUUUACGUCAAUAUGCAAUCUCCGUACAUCAGUCGCAGGAUGUGUUACCCCCGUUCCACUCACCGGACAAUACCACCACUCUGCCCCCCAUUCAGACUGCACUACGUGGGAUAGCUCAUGUCAAUGAACCCGCUGUACGCGUCAAUGGCUCCUCUCCCUAUUCUCUACCACCUGUCACAGCUAGUUCUCCACCGGGACUCAGGAGUGACCCUGUCUGGGAGCAUCAACGACCGGGCCAUUUCGUUCCUCCCCAGAUCCCUCCUAGCCCUUACUCGCAUCUGUCACCUGCGAGUACCAAAGACUUAUCAGCCGUGUCAUCUCCGGCAGCGCAAAGCUCGUACUGGAGACCUCAGAAAUCCGACAUACCUUAUAUUACAUCCGCCUAUGACAUCGCACAUUGUGAAGCUAAAAGCCCUGCGACGAGUUAUCCAACACCCACGGACCAAACUCCAGCGGGGACGUGUGAACGGACACCAUACAAUCCAAGUCCGCAACACAAUGGGGUUGUCACCUCGGGAGCCUACAAAUGUCGGCACCCGGGGUGUACCGCUCCGCCUUUUCAAACUCAAUACCUAUUGAAUUCCCAUGCGAACGUUCACUCGCAAGACCGACCCCAUUUCUGUCCCAUUGAGGGCUGUCCUCGCGGAAUCGGCGGAAAAGGGUUCAAACGCAAAAACGAGAUGAUACGACAUGGCCUGGUCCAUAAUUCCCCCGGUUAUGUGUGCCCGUUCUGUCCAGACCAGCAACAUAAAUAUCCACGACCCGACAAUCUCCAGCGGCAUGUGCGGGUCCAUCAUGUGGACAAAAGCAAGGAUGAUCCCCAGCUCCGACUGGUCCUUUCGCAAAGACCAGAAGGCAGCGCGCGAGGUCGCCGCCGUCGGAUCAACUCUUGAUUAAAUGCUUAUAUGAAAUGCGCAUCAUACUUAUCGACUUCUGCCUGUGAGAAGAUGGCUUUCUCACUAUUAUCGAGAAUGACGCGGUCAUCUUCACGAUGUUUUGCCUUCUAUCCCCCCCACCUUUUUGAUGUACACUGUGCAUGCAUUAUGAAUCUCUGCCAUAUUUCUCAUACUAUUCUCCUUUUUGUCUUGUCCGUUAUUUACUUGUUCGAGAUACCAGAUGUCUAGAGUUACGAGCCACAUUUAUCGUUUGUCAUUCGUUUCAUGUCCGGAUAUACGCUACGUUUAUGAAGAAGCGUGGGAUUGUACAGGAAUCAGGAAUCGAGGUUGGGCGUCUAGUGAAGGGUUUUUCUUUUUUUCUUUUUUC